UAUUCAUAGAUGAAACUGGCAUAACCUCACCUAACCUAUAUUUGUCUGUGCAUAUGCAUAAUUGUAAACAUAAUAUAAUAGUUAAUACAUAUUAAUAGUUUUAUUUUGUACAUAUUAGGAUGGGUAGAAGAAAAAGAAAGGUAGGACGCUGUGUUAAAAGAAAUAAAAAUGUUCUGCAUGAACCCGAAGAGCUUGUUCAAGCUCCUCAUUCAUUUGUGAUUCAUCGAGGUAUUCCCGGAGAUCACAUUUUGGAACUCACAAAAGACUUUCGUAAAGUGAUGGAACCGUUUACAGCGAAGUCCUUGAAAGAACGCAAAAAGAACGCUAUAAAAGACUUCGUAUCGGUUGCUGGAUUACUACAUGUAACACACCUAUGUAUAUUUUCACGGACAGAAAUUGGAAUGUAUUUGAAAAUAUGUCGAUUACCAAGAGGUCCUACCUUAACUUUUAAAAUCCACAACUUUAGCUUAGCAAGAGAUGUUAUAUCAUCUUUGAAAAAGCAACUAGUUUUUGAUAGUGCUUUUAAGCAUUCUCCUUUGAUAAUUUUAAAUAACUUCAGUGGUGAAGGCAAGCAGUUAAAAUUAAUGGCAUCUACGUUUCAAAAUAUGUUUCCUACUAUAAAUUUAACAAAGGUAAAUAAUCAUGUAUACUUAUUUGUUUAAACCAAUAGUAAACUACAAAAAGUAAUUGUAAAUUUUAAGUAUANGCCCCCGAAGUAAGCUGCUGAAAUAAGUAAGGAACCAGUUCCCACAAAAGGAUCCAGUAUUAAGUCACCUUUCUUAACUUUAGCUUGAUUUGCCAUUAAAAAGGACAACUGAGGAUCCAUUGUAGUGUUGCCUAUAAAUUUUCUAGUUUUCAGUGAAAAUUUUUUAACUAAUUGCCUUAAACCAUUUAUAAUCUAAAAAUAAAAACUGUAUUUUAAAUAAACAGCAGGCUUUUACUAUUUUACAAAAAUCAAUGAAAACUCUGAUAUCCCAGACUACCG